AUGUUUCCUAAAACAGCUCCAACUGCACCAACUCGAUCAAAUAUUCCACCAGCAGCUCCAGUUUCCAACUGGAGCGUAGCUUUAUAUAGAAAAGCAGAGCCUAUUCUACCAUUAAAUCCUUUAGACGUAUCUCAGACAUCCACUCCACAACAGACAAAUGGUUCAUUUUAUGUUCAGCUUCAACAACAAGCUGCUGCAUCGUCUCCAAGCUGUUCAGAUGUACUUUAUUUCCGAUAUCAGGCGCAGCAACAAAAGAAUAGUGCAGAUUCCUAUGCGCUGCCAUUCACUAUAAGUCAGUUGAAUAACAUGAGUUUAUCACCCGAUAUAGCACCGAUUACAUCAACAUCAUCUUCUCGGUAUACUAGUACUGAACAACAAUCAGGUUUCAAUGAUUCAUCUGAUAACCCACCAACAUUACUUCUUCGUGCAAAAGCGUUUCUUGGUGUUUUGAUAUUGAACAGUUCACCGAACAGUAUCACUGCAAAUACUGUUGGUAUUAUUCGACCAUUUAUGAUAUUUGUAACUGAAGAAGUAUUUAUUGGACAAUUGUUUGAUGCAUAUAUCUUUCGUAUUUCACAAGUGGCAACUAUAUCUAUGCGCGAUAAUCCAGAAGAUGAAGUGUUUGUUUCUGGAAUAAAAAAACUAUUUCAAGGGCGUUCAUUUUACUAUGCAUCAUUUUUCAAUCCAGAAUUGAAUAACAACAAACGCUACUUUACUAAACCAUAUGAUAUAACAUUAUGUGCUCAACGAAUGGUUCAUGGACAUGAUUCAGAUAUACGAUUUUUUUGGAAUCGAGGUUUAUGUUUACCUUUACUUAAAUUUAAUAUUGAUAUUCGAUAUUGGAUACCUAAAAUAAUGUGCGGUGGAUUUGAAACAUAUAGAAAUCCAAAUGAAGACAUCGAAUUGUGGUUAAUAUCAAGACUGAGCUGUGAGAGAGCUGGCACAAGAUUCAAUGUCCGUGGUGUUAAUGAUGAUGGAGCUGUGGCAAAUUUCGUUGAAACAGAACAAAUUGUUUUUGUUCCUCGACAAAAUCAUUAUUCAUCAUUUGUUAUCAUACGUGGUUCUAUUCCAUUAUUUUGGCAUCAACCAGGCUUCCAAGUGGGCACUCAUCGAAUUACAGUGUUACGUAGUGAAGCACUUAGUUUCAAAGCAUUUUUUGAACAUUUUAAAUAUCUCUAUCGUCAUUAUGGUCGUGUAUUAAUAAUAAAUCUAGUUGAUAAACGUGAAGAUGAAAAACGUAUUGGAGAAGAAUAUCAGAAUUUAUUUGAAUUACUUGUUAAAACAUAUCAAUCGAAACAGAAAAAAGAGAAACCAUUACUUGGCUAUUUAACUGAAAAAGAUUUUAUUUGGUUUGGUUAUCAUGAACAGGCACGUGAGGCAAAAGGUUUAACACCCGAACAAUUUGUUGAUCAAAUGCUUAUACAAAAUAAGCAAUAUUCGAUUGGACCAGAACUCGAGCGUCAAAAUAUAUUUACUUUUAUGGACGAAACAAUUUCUAGUUUACAACAAGGCGUUUUUCGUAUUAAUUGUAUUGAUUGUCUCGAUCGAACAAACAAUGUACAAUUAACUAUUGGAAUGAUUGCUUUAACCAUGCAAAUAGCGAGUCUGAAGAAAAAAGUUAAUGUUAAUAAUUUAGUCGAUCGUUUAAAAGAUAUGUGGAUUAAUAAUGGUGAUCAUAUUAGUAGAAUUUACACUGGCACUGGAGCAUUAGGACAAAGGAACAAAGCAAAAGAUAUCCAACGAAGUCUUGGCCGAGUUAUACAAAAUAAUUUACGUGAUGAUGAAAAACAACAAUCAAUUCAAACAUUAAUCUAUUCCUAUGCUAAAGACUCAUAUUUACAUGAACGUUCUGUUGCUGCUCUUCAAACGCCUUAUGUCAUAUCUGAUGGUAUCAUAUUAACUGAAUUGUUCCGAAUGCGUCCAGAGUUUGUUAGAAAAGAAAAAUUUCGCGUAUCAAUAGGUACAUGGAAUAUAAAUGGUGACAAAAAUCCAGCUUUAGAAAAUGAAUAUCCAUCUAUUCUUGAUGCUUGGAUAUUGGAUGGACCAGAGAAUCUUUCGGCAAAAACUCGAAAAACUAAUUCUAUUUCAACAAAUGGAUUUGUCAGCGACGACUAUGUAAAAUUAAUGCCGGAUAUAUUAGCUAUUGGUUUUCAAGAAAUCUGUGACUUAACAGCAACAAACAUGGUUUGGCAAAGUUCUGUCAAUGCCACUCGUUGGGUUGAUAAUGUUCAAGCUCAUUUUAAAAAGUCAUAUCCAAAUGAUGAAUAUAUUCUGUUGGGCAAUGAUCAACUUGUUGGUGUAUGUCUAGCAAUAUUUAUUCGACGUGAUCAUGCACCCUUUGUCAAAAAUGUUAUUGUCGAUUCCGUUAAAACAGGAAUGGGUGGGAAAAUUGGCAACAAAGGAUGUGUUGCUAUUCGUCUUGUUUUGUACAAUACAUCAAUAUGUUUUCUAUGUGCACAUUUUACAGCAGGACAAAAUGAAUUUAAUGAGAGAAAUAAAGAUUACAAGUCUAUUAUGGAAAAACUUUCAUUUCAACCACCAUCUCGAGCAUUAUGGCACGAUCACAUCUUUUUUCUCGGCGACUUUAAUUAUCGUUUAACAAUUCCUCGUGCGCAAGUUGAACAAUUUAUAAAAAAUGAAGCGUAUAGUCAAUUACUUGAAUAUGAUCAAUUGAAAAAAGAACAUUCAGAAGGACGGGUCUUCAGAGAAUUUAUUGAAGGUCCAAUAAAAUUUCCUCCAACAUAUAAAUAUGAUGUUGGAUCUGAUGAAUAUGAUACAAGUGAAAAAGCACGUACACCUUCCUAUACUGAUCGAAUACUUUGGCGAAGUAUAUUUCCCAAUGUUCAAACCAAACAAUUAUACUAUGGUCGUGCUGAAGUUAAAACAUCAGAUCAUCGUCCUAUAAGUGCAAUGUUCGAUAUCGAUGUAGAAAUUUGUGAUGAAACAAAAAUGCAUAAAAAAUAUAUUAAUAUAUAUGAACGUUUUUCUCCUUCGAAUGCUCAAAUUGCUUUUGAUAUGAAAAGUGAUGUCAAUAUAAAUAAAACUCAAUUAAUUGAAGAAUUCGAUAAGUAUGUGAAGAGAAAAUAUGGAUAUAAUAUAAAUAUUAUUGAUCGAUUUUUUACAACUAAUGGUACUUAUGUUUCAUUGAACAUGUCUUUUGAAAAUGGUGAACAUGCACAAAAAGUUAUGGAACCAACACAAGAUCAACUUCCAAAUGGCCUUGGGUUUAAUAAGCGUCUGAUAAAAUUAAAUGAAGAGAUUGCUUUAAAUCAAAAAUUAAAUACACUCUUUUCGAAUGUUGACGAAACAAUGUAUCCAAAAUCGAUUGCUUACGAUCUUGGUUGUUAUCAACAGCCUGCUCGUGAAUCACUUUCAACUUUGCAAGAUCUAACAGCAGUUAACAUGGUUGUUGACGAAAACGAUAUGAUAACAACAUUAAAAUCAAAUAAUGAAAAUGAAACAGACAAAUAUGAUAAUGAUACCUUAGAAUCGAUUGACGAAUGUAAACGAAUAUAUGAGCAACGUCGCCGUCAUUUUGGUGAUAUUUUUACUCAAGACACAGAUUCCGAUUAUGAGAACGAAAACAAUGAUAGAACAAACGUGCGUUCAAAAACACUCGUGAAUAGUGAUAAUGAUGCACCAACAUCAACUGAUACUGAUUCUCCGUACGGAUCAGAUUCAGAAUCUAGCUCAUCCUAUGAUGAAUAUCAUGCAGAAAGAAAAAUUCAGAAAAAAAAAGUUCAUAGAUCUCAUAAAGGCCCACUAAAAUUAUAUUUGCAAGAAAAAAUUGGUUUUUGGCCUAAAGAUCGUUAUGAAAAACGUAAAAUGCAUCAUUUGAAAAAGCAAGGUAUAGAAAUUAAUUAUGGGGAAGUUCACACAAAAGAAAUUAAAGAAUCAUUAAAAGAAGAAACACGCGAAAGACAAAAAGAAAAGCCUCCUUCAAUUAAUUUUAUCAAUGCUAUCGGAACUUUGGCAAGAAAUAUGUCAUUUGUUUCAUUGGAUCCUGAAUUUUCUAUUGCACCAGCUGAAUUCGAUGCGGCAUCAUUAGCAUCCUCAUUAAUGAAUGCAGCAGAUAAUGAACAAACGGAUUCAAAAUUAAGCUCGCCUUUCAAAAUGAUGAAAACCAAGAUUAGAAAUUCGUUGAGACGAAAACGAAAAACAUCCACUCGUCUCGAUGUUGACGAUGAACAGAUGGCAAAUAAUAGUGAUACAGCUAGUCGUAUUAGUGACAUUCCUGAUGACGAAUCGAUACUAACAGAUGGCAAUCGACAGGAUUAUAAUGUUGGUGAAUUGAUCUCAUUUGCAUCGUUUGAUAUUCCAGCUGAUACGUAUGUAGAUGAUCAAAAAGCAAAUACAUUAGUCAAUGAUAAUAUAUUUGAUCCAUUCAAUUUAUAUAGCACGUCAACAUCGACUGAGAGUGGAGCAGAUAAAAAUAAUGAUUUUUUCUCAUUAGGUCACUAUCCACCCGUGACAAAUUCUAGUUUUCAUAGUGAUCCAUUUGAUCUGAAUAGACACUUAAGUCAAGAAACAAAUUCAUCUGUAAACAUUUUUUCUUCAAAUUUAACAAAUAAUAAUAAUUUCAUUGCUCUAUCUCAACCACAACACAUCUCUACUCGAGUAUUAACACCAACACCUGCUGCUAAUACUACUCAACCACUAUUAACACUAAAAAAUCUAACUGUAAAUCCAAGUAAACAGAAAAAUGAAGUAGCCUCUGAUCUACUUGAUUGGAACGAUGAAGGUCCAUCAUUAGAAAGUCUACAAUUUGAUCCAUAUGCUUAA